AUGGGCCAGGCAUCCUCACAGCAACAGCUCGAUCCCGAGAGCUCCUACUCGACCGAUCGCGAUAACGAUAAGCUUACGAGGAUGCCUGUGGACAAGCGCCGUGAUUCAAUUCCACAAAACUCUAAGCGCAAAAGGAGCCCGUCGCCUGACCGUGAUUCUACCCGUCGGACACCAUCCCCAUUGACGCAGGACUCCAGCAAUGAGCAGGAUGAGACUGAGCGACCUGCGAAACGAAAGCGAACUGAGAAGCAGAAGAAGCGAGAGAAAGAAAAGUCUAAGGAGAAGAAGGAUAAGAAGGAGAAGAAGAAGAAACGCGACGAAGUAAAGGACCGUCCCGCUCCGCCCGCUGCGAUCGAGGUCCAAGUCUCUGACAAGGCUCCAUCCGAUUUCGAGUCCGCGUCUACCCCUCCCUCCAGAUCUCCGACAAAGCCCAAGUCGCACUCAAAGUCAGAAAAGAAAGCAGCCCAGCCCGGUCCCGAGUCUCAGACGCCUGCACCUACUACGGCAUCCGUGAGUGAGCAACAGAAGCAGCCAAGUUUCCAACCGAAUGGACGACCCGUUUCUAAGCGAGGCCAUGUCUCCCAACAAAAUAAGAACCUCACUGGAUUUUUUAGCCCUGAGGAGGUCCAGAUACUGGAGCACUACAAGGUCGACUUUUGUAAUACAAACGGUCUCUCCGGCGAAACGUUCGAUCGGAUGGUCCAGCACUCGCGUCGGGACAGAAGCGAUGAAUUUCCUUGCCACCCUUCAAUCAUCACCAAGGAAGAAUUCUGGCGGAAUAUAUACGAGCUUCUUCCCAACCGGGAUCGACGGUCAGUGUACAGGUUCAUGCGCCGCCAUUUCCAGGCGUCGAGCCAGAAACCGCAUGAAUGGACUCCCGAGCAGGACGACGAACUUGCAGAGCUUCAUGCCAUCCAUGGGCCCAAAUUUGCUCUGAUAGCGAAGAUACUUGGUCGGACUCAGGAUGAUGUGGUUCAACGAUGGAAGAAUAAGGUCGAACAUCGGGAUACGAUGAGGACAGGUCCAUGGUCCGAGGAGGAAAUCCGGCAGCUUCUGGAAGUUUUGAACAUGGUGCGAGAUGCCCUCAUCAAUGCCGGGCAGGAUGUUGGAAGAGACAUUUACGAGAUGGACGAGAGCAACAUCGGUUGGGGCACUGUGAGCGAUUACAUAAAAAACACUCGAUCGCGACAACAGUGUGCUGAUAAAUGGCGCAAAAUCAAACGGUUUGUGAUGAAAUUACGAGCAAAAGGAGACCCCAACGCGGUUUACGAUCCAAGCUUGAAGCAGUCACUCAGACGCAAGAAGGAAAGCGAGCCCAAAUCAAAUGGCCCGAAGCGACGGAGGCAUCAACCAAAGAGUGCACGAUACGUGACGUCUGAGGAUGAUGAUAGCGAUGAUGAUGCUGUGAGUAACUCUGCAGUUUCGUCGAGUACAAGGGACACGAGGAGCGCAGCAGCAGAGUCAAUGCAAAUAACGAAAGAAACGACGUCAGCAUCCGUAACCGACAGUGACCAAACUCCUGAGACUCCGAGCGUCAGUGGUGGAUCCAAGAAGGCUGCAACCAAGGACGAUGGGAUUGCUUCUACGGAUGCGCCUGACACUUCUGCCGAUGUAUCACCUGGUCGAAAGUCAGCAAACGAAAAGAGAAAAUCAGUCUCCCAUGUGACGGACGCAGAUGACAAUUCAAGUGAUGAAGAAUCCAAUGAAGAUGAGACUGAGUCAUCUUCUGAUGAGUCCAGCGACACCUCACCUCCAGCCAAGAAAGCCGCGCCCAACAAGCCAACCACAACUCCGGGGAAGCCAUCACCUCAGGAGCGUAAAACGCCAAGUUCUGUGAAUAAGGGUGAUAGAAGGGCCAGUAAGGGCUCCGUUGUUCAACGAGCUAGUUCAUCUAGUUCUUCGGAAGAAUCAUCCUCCAAGACGACUUCGAGCGAAAGUGAAGACGAGAGACGACACUCGAAGAUCACCAGCAAAAGCGCCAACAACGCGACGGUCAAGCGCAAUCAAGCUAGUGACAGUGACGAUAACGAUAGUGAAGACGAUUCCGACAGUAGCGAAGAGUCAGAAUCCGGAUCGGAGUCAGACUCCGAAUCCUCGUCUACGUCCGAGUCACAAACGCCGCGUAUCUCCAACGGAGAACAGUCCCGUCAUAAGACUCUCACAACUUCCGGAUCUCACACCCCGCGCAGCAAGAAUCAAACUCGGAGGGACACUGGCAACCAAUCACCAGUAGUCAAGGCCGAGAGCGAGUCCGACAAUGACAGUAUCAGUCCUGACCUCAAACAUAGCAAAAGCGAGAAAAGAAGAGAAGAAGAAGAUGAAGAAGAUGAAGAAGAAGAAGAAGAUGAUGAUGAUGAUGGCGAUAGUGACUCCAAUGAUGCAGAAUCCGAUGACGCAGAAUCCGACGAUGAAGACUCCGAUGACAGCGAGGACAGAGUUCGCCUCAAAUCAGAACCAGACUCCGAUUGA